UCUUCUCUAUGAUUAACUAAUUAUUAGAAUUUGGAAGUUGUUUUGUUCAAACAUUAGGAAUGUGGCUUUAAAAAAAUCAGUACCAUGUUUCCCCUAAAAUAUGACUACCCUGAAAGUAAGCCCUCCCCUGAUUUUUUUUUGAGUGGGCCUAAUAUAAGGCCUACCCCAAAAAUAAGCCCUAGUGAAGGGAGUGGGCAUGGCCAGCCCAGAAGACAGCCCUUCCCUUCCCAGUCUAACUGCGGCCUGUGGAUCAGCUGAUCCAGCAAGGGCUGGGAGUUUUGUCUCUCCAGGUGCCUGGAGAUAUUUCUGGCGAUGUGGCAGAAAGCCAUGUGGCCCAUGGAAUCAGUCCCCCCCCCGCCUCUCCCUUGUGGCUGCUGCUUGAGAAAAGAACGAAAAGGGAUGUUACAGUUCAGAGCGGCUGCAGGAAGGUUUCGGGCUGCAUCUUUUGGGACAGUCUCACUGAUCAAUCAAUAACAAUGUCUGACAAACCAGAUAUGGCUGAAAUUGAAAAAUUUGAUAAAUCUAAGCUGAAAAAGAUAGAAACGCAAGAGAAAAACCCACUGCCUUCAAAAGAAACAAUUGAACAGUAGAAGCAAGCGGGUGAAUCGUAAUGAUUCGUAAUCGGGCCCUUCCAAAUUAUGCACUGUACAUUCCACAAGCAUUGCCUUCUUAUUUUACUUCAUUUAACUGUUUUAACUUUGUAAGAUGCAAAGAGUUGGAUAAAUUUAAAAUGAUUGUACUGCCCCUCUCACAUCCCCCCCCCCAAAAAAGAACAGAGCGCACUACUGACGCUGAAUGAAGGCACCUUCCUUUCCAUCUGCCUGUCCAGCUUCUGGUCCAAUAGCACAAAAGCUUGCAUGUUUCUUGAAAGAAGAUUCUAAGAGGGAUUACAGUAAUCUAGUAACACAUGAAUAUACACAAAGCUGUACCAGGGUCCUGCGAGCUGUAAAAUGCAUUUUAAUCGAGUGCCAUUUUUUUUGUUCAAAUAAUUUUAAUUAUUGGAAUGCAGGAUUUUUUUAAUAUGCAAAUAAAAUGUUUUAAAACCGGG